ACGCGAGAAAGUAAAAUUUCCUCUAUUCUUCGAAAACUCUAGAACCAGCGAGCAUGAGAGGGAGAUUUAGAUAGCAACUCCUUCGAUCUUCCCUCUUCUUCUCCCUCCUUCAUUGAGACUAAGGCUAGCGAACCUAGCUGUCAAUGAGAGCAGGAGCUCUGCUCGUCGCUGCUAUAACGUCCACUGGAAACCCCUACGUUGAGGCACAAAUCAUAAGACCAAGGUUCCCCUGUUUAGCGUCCAAGCUCCUCCUUUUUCCCUUUUCUUCUUUUCGUCAAUCAUCGUGAGGCUUCCUUCCCCGUCAGUCAGUUCGCCGUUGACAGGUGUGUGAAUUCCAGCCAUCAUCAUCAAGUCUUCAUCUUCUCUGUUCAAACGUCGGGUUCCUCUUUCCUUCUCGAGCAGCAGCAAUAAUUUGGUGCGUAACCUUUCUGGUGUAGAUGUUGGGUGCAUCAGACUUUUCCCUCCCUGGUUUCAAUGUCGAUUGCCUCUCUUCUCCUGCCUCAUAUUCACGCGGUAACACUUUCUUCUCCAUAUGGUUCUGUAUCGCCGCUGUGUCUGUCACUAGUGCGUCUUGGCUGGAGUUCGCUGUUGUUGCAGCAUUUCUAAUGUCGCCGAUUUGGUGUGAGGAAGUUAUAAGUUGUGCCUUUUGUUCCUCAAUUAUUUUGGAAUUUAAGUACCUCGAGUUGUUGCAAAAAGGGCUAAUUUGGAACUAAGUUAUGUUUGGGAAUUUAUCAGGUAAGUGGAUAACGUUCCAACUAAUCUAUGAUCAAUUUUUUUCAAAAAUAUUUUUACUUGGAUCAUUUAAUAACAAUGAUAUUACAUAUGUUAUGCUUUGUUAAUUAAAUUAUUUUUAUCUUGGAAAAUUAUAAAGGGAUGUGGAAGGAUAUUUGAAUUAUGACGUGUAUGUGUUUCUCCUAAUAAAGGAUACUUUCAAGAUUGAUGGAAUUAUUUUUAUUAGCUUUGGUAAUUUUGGUUUCUUAAUAAAUGCAAGCAUGGGCAUCAUUUAUGAAGUUUUAUUCUAGCAAGUUUCUAAUGUUCAUUCUUCAUGCAAGUUUAAUUUUGAGAAUGGAACUGUAUUUUAAUAAUGAUGACUUUCUCGCAUGUUUGAAAAUGGAUUUGGAGGGGAUUUUAUACAAAACACUGGUUGCUAAAGGCAGUUCCGUUAGCCCUUGGCGCGCCAUGGUACACCUAGCUAGCAUAGUAUUUAUAGGAGGUGCUAGCCUUAUGCGAUGGCCAACACACGUGGAAUGGAGGGAUGGUUUUUGGUGAGCAUUGUUCUCACGUUUGUUUUGUGGUUUCAAGCCAUGUUUGAUUAGCAUUACCUUUAUAGACUGUGUGUUCACGUUUGUUUCAUGGCUUCGGCUGCCUUUAGUUACUUACCUUCGUGGAUUGUGUGUCCACAUUUGUUUUCGUGGCAAGAGCUAUGUUUGGUUAUUUACCUUCUUGGACUUUGUGUCUACAUUUGUUAAUUGUUUUAAUAAG